AUGGAGCGAACAAGUAGCAUUAGGAGAAAAGCCAUGGCCAGACAACAUAAAGGAGAAGUCAUGAUUGCUGGAGAACAACUCAGGUUGAGACUACACAAUGGAAAACUAAUCAAGGACCGACUCCACCACCUGCGCACAUAUCCUAACUGCUUUGUGGCAAAGGAACUUAUAGACUGGCUUGUGAGCCAUAAGGAAGCUCCAGAUCGAGUAACAGCUGUCUGCUUAAUGCAGCACCUCAUGGAUCAUGACAUCAUUCAUCAUGUCUGUGACAAGAGGUCAGUAUUGAAGGAUGCCAAACUGCUGUAUCGUUUCCGCAAGGAUGAUGGCACAUUUCCAUUCAAUACAGAGGUGAAAAUCUUCAUGCGAGGACAAGGACUCUAUGAACAUCUCAUCGGGGACGAGAAUUCUAUUCUGCAGCUAAGAGAGGAGCAUGGUGUUGCAUAUCAGCACUCCUUUCCUGGCUGCCAAUUGAUUGACUGGCUCCUUCAGAACGGAGAGGCAGAGAGCCGGCGUCAGGGAAUAGAGCUGUGCCGCACGUUGCAGGAGCAUGGCAUCAUUCAGCACGUGGCAAAGAAGCAUGAUUUCUUUGACAGUGGACUGCUCUAUCAGUUCUGCAUCAAUUUUCGCCGCAGACGCCGCCUAUCUGAAUUGUUAAAUGACAGUGAACAAGAUGCCAACGAAGGUGUGGCAGUGUCGACACCAGAGGACAACCUUCCUGAUAAUCCAUUUGCUCUGCGCCAAAAAGAUGGGGGCAACUCUCCAACUUUUCAGUCUGUGCUUAGAAGAAAUUAUACAUGUGAAGAGUUAUUGGCACCUGGUGCACCUUUCAUCAAGAGAGUGUUGACGGUGAUAGGAGAUGCCCUGGGCUGGGGCUUUGUUGUCAGAGGCAUGGCUCCCUGUUAUGUGCAGGCUGUUGACCGUGGAAGCCCUGCAGCAGCUGCUGGAGUUAAGGUUCGGCAGUUUGUGUGCCAGGUGAAUGGACAGUGUGUCCUCUACAUGGACUACAGGAAAGUCUCCAGACUGGUAAUGACAGGCCCUCGGAUUGCUGUAGUGGAAAUUAUGGAACCACUGGAAUGACAACAACUGUCUCGAAGUCUAGCUAUUGUUUCAGACACAACUACAUUUGCUGGAGCUGAAAUAUAACACUGUAAAUUGUAUUAUUUUCAACUGUAUACUAGCAUGGCAGAGUUCAUGUGCUGUCAUUACUGGGGUGGGGGAUCAAUCAAUGAACAUUAUUGAUUGUCUUGCUUGCAGCAAGAGUAGGUAAACUACAGUACAAAGGCUGUGGUGUUUGUAUGAACCUCA